AUGUCGGACUGUGGGGCAUGUACUGAGCCGUCUAGCAGCAAAACCCUUCGACCAAGCAUCUCAACUGGACAGAUACGUGUUCGGAAAGCCACGGGCUUCUCUUCCCAUUCAGAUGACUUAGUCGAGACGACGGAUUUGCGGCGUCGUAAAUCAGCUCGAGAGUUGUUCGAGCAACACGGCAUUUCCAGGCCCUCUGGAUGGCUGUCGGACGAGGAAGACUUGUCUCUUUCGGGAGAUGGAAACGCCAGCCCCCGAAGAUUCUGCAGAAUCUGUCACGUCUGCUCUGCCCGGACUUGGUCGCCUACUCACUGCGCAUCGUGUGGACAUCAUCUCUGCGAACGCUGUCUCUGCGAGGUUCCUGAGAACUCUGUUGAGACUCAUAGGGGUUUCUCUCAUCAUCCGAGUCGAACCUUGGAAUUAGAUGACGCACGGUACGUCAGACCCCCUAUUUCUUCGCCGGAGCCAGUACACAAGGCCACGGUUUCGAAUCAAGCGAAAGGAUCUCAAGAAGCUAACCCGUUCGUGAUUGCGGACAGGAAGGCUACAGGGAAGGCUGCUGAGCCUGAGAUAACU